CUCAUCAGACUGAACACAUCCAAUGCUUGGUUUAGGUAAUCGGCAGCAUGGCAGCAUCGUCGCACAGGAUAACGCCGGCCCCACUUGUCGCAGCCAUUGAUCAAGGGACAAGCUCUACGAGGUUCUUGGUAUUUAAUGCCAAAACGGCUGAACUCCUGAGUCACUACCAGGUGGAGAUCAACCAGAGUUUCCCGAAAGAAGGCUGGGUGGAGGAAGACCCUAAGGAAAUCCUGCAGUCAGUGUAUGAGUGCAUGCAGAACACAUGUGAGAAGCUUACACAGCUCAACAUUGACAUUUCCAGAAUCAAAGCGAUUGGCUUGACCAAUCAGAGGGAGACCACACUGGUCUGGGACAAGAACACCGGAGAGCCACUGUACAACGCCAUUGUUUGGCUGGACCUGCGCACACAAUCCACAGUAGAGCACCUGAUCAAUAAGACCCCCAAGAGGGACAAGAAUCACCUGAAGCCCAAAACCGGCCUUCCCAUCAGCACUUACUUCAGCGCAGUGAAGCUGCGAUGGCUCCUGGACAACGUGGUGGAGGUCCGUGAGGCUGUUCUCUCCCGCCGGGCCAUGUUCGGAACUGUGGACUCCUGGCUCAUAUGGUGCCUGACUGGGGGGAAGAAUGGGGGAGUCCACUGCACAGACGUGAGCAAUGCCAGCCGCACCAUGCUCUUUAACAUCCACACCAUGGACUGGGACCCGGAGCUCUGCGCAUAUUUUGAUAUCCCGAUGGAGAUCUUGCCAAGAGUGAGGAGUUCCUCUGAGAUCUAUGGCUUAAUGGAAUCUGGCCCCCUGACUGGAGUUCCCAUAUCAGGGUGUUUGGGGGACCAGUCAGCAGCUCUUGUAGGACAGAUGUGCUUGCAGGAUGGUCAAGCUAAAAACACUUAUGGGACAGGCUGCUUCCUGCUCAGAAACACUGGUUCAAAGCCAGUAAUGUCUGACCAUGGCCUGCUAACAACGGUGGCCUAUAAGAUGGGCAGAAACAAGCCUCCAUGCUAUGCACUAGAGGGCUCUGUGGCCAUAGCAGGAGCGGUGGUUCGGUGGCUAAAGGACAAUCUUGGAAUCAUCCAGUCCACUAGCGAGAUUGAGAAACUGGCUUCCUCAGUGGGCACGUCCUAUGGCUGCUACUUUGUUCCGGCGUUUUCUGGGUUGUACGCCCCCUACUGGGAGCCAAGUGCACGAGGAAUAAUCUGUGGUCUGACACAGUUCACCAAUAGGAAUCACCUGGCCUUCGCUGCCCUGGAGGCUGUCUGCUUUCAGUCUCGAGAGAUCCUGGAUGCGAUGAACAAGGACAGCGGUAUACCUCUAACCCAGCUGCAGGUGGAUGGGGGGAUGACUACAAACAGGCUGCUGAUGCAACUUCAGGCUGAUAUCCUGUCCAUCCCUGUGGUGCGGCCCACCAUGCCAGAGACCACGGCGCUGGGGGCUGCCAUGGCUGCGGGAGCAGCAGAGGGGGUCCGUGUUUGGAGCCUGGACCCCGCCGAUAUCACCGCCGUGUCUGUCGAGAGGUUUGAACCUCAGAUCAACUCAGAAGAGAGCGAGUCACGCUACGCACGCUGGAAGAAAGCCGUAAGGAAGGCAAUGAACUGGGAGACCACAGAGCCUGUUCACCAUGGCAAGGGCCAUCACAACUAGGAUCUGAGCCAAGUGUACCACCUGUUGCCAAAGUUCCUGCCUCCGCCACAACGUAAAGAUGCCAUCCAGGCCCAAACUACUGUGACAUGUCCCAGUACUUCACUGAAUGGCAUACACAAACCCACACCCUGGGUUGUAUCCAGCCUGUACAAUCUCAGCCAAUCAAAUGGAAGAAGUCAGAGUGGGUGUGCAGGGGACAAUGCUGUUUCCCUUUGAGGAUUGCAUUUGAUGACAGUGCUUCAUAUUGGUCUUCAACAGGAGCUGUUUUUACAUUUUUAUUUUAUACUAUGUUUUUAUUAUCUUGGUGAUAUUUGUGGUGCACAUUUACUGUAAUAUCUUUCCAUUUAUGUAUUCUGUUCACACACUGGAGGACACUGCCCAAACUUACAUUAAAUAGCAAGCAAUUUUUUAAUGAGUUUUUGUGCAUUGCAGAGGAGCACAUAUUUGAGAACAUCAUGUUUCAGCCACACCCAUGUGGACUUUGGCCAUUUUUGAUGAAUGGUAAUUAAAUGGCUAUAUGUAAUUUACCUCAGAAUGAAAUGUAAUUGCAAGCCUUUGAAGCACUUUAUAAUGUAACUAUUUGUAUUUGUAUGCAAGGUAUGCACUGCAAGUAGGGCCCUGCCUUCCGCACUUCUUGGCUUAGGUUUGUGUUUGGUUCAAACAAAAUCAAGUAUUCAUUUCUUGAUUCAAACCACUGCAUUUCAAAGAAAUAGCGAUAAUUAAUGCUUUUGAUGCAGCUUGGUGAUUGGGUGCAAGAGUCAUUUGUUAAUGUUACCAUAUCGCCACUUUCUGGUGAAGCAUCAGAAUGGGGACAUCAGUGAUUUGCCAUCUGUUGAAGGCAAAUUAAACGCCUACUCAGUAAUUUCAGUUUUUAAUUAAAAAAAAGUACAGGGCUGGCAACCAAGUACCUUUGUGAAUCAUGGUACUUGUAGUUUUUAACCUCUUACACUGGCUUUGCAACUCUGGCAGUUCCCAUAAGGCCUCUAUGGCAAUGUCCAUGUACAUCUCAGAUACCUAGGUAUGGUUUAUUUGUCUUCUGGUCCAACACAACACAAUACAUUUGUACUUUGUGUUCUGCACUCAGUGGUGCCUUUUAAUACUAAUGCUUCAUUUUUGUUUUAAAGUAUGCCAGAUGGGUUUGUUUUUAAAGUUUGGUUCAGAAACUAUGAAACUUGUGAUUUAAUUUUAGUUUUAAAAAAUGAAAUGAAUAUCCACAGCCCAAUGUCCUAAUUUGUGUUUUUGUAAAUAUUCCCAGUCCGUAGUGACCCAUAAUUCACUUUCAUUUUAGUAUCGCUGACUGUAUGUACUGUGGUUCUGUUUGCUGAAAUGCUGGUAUUAUUUGCUGUGAUGCCGAUCAUCAGGUUGAUUGCAAUGUAAUUAAUGUAUUAAACAUGGACCCCCUAUUUAAAUAUUUUCUACAUACAAGUAUAACUCAAAAUUCCUGUUCAUUCUUGUUCAUUUUUUUAUUAGUUGUUAUUGUGUGUGCCGCUGACUUUAUUUUCCAGCAGGACUGCCAAAAGUACCAAAACCUGGUUCAAUGACCAUGGGAUUACUGUGCUUGUUUGGCCAGCAAACUCACCUGACCUGAACCCCAUAGAGAAUCUAUGGGGCAUUGCCAAGAGAAAGAUGAGAGACAUGAGACCGAACAAUGCAGAAGAGCUGAAGGCUGCUAUUGAAGCAUCCUGGUCUUCCAUAACACCUCAGCAGUGCCACAGGCUGAUCGCAUCCAUGCCACGCCGCAUUGAGGCAGUAAUUUGUGCAAAAGGGGCCCAAACCAAGUACUGAGUACAUAUGCAUGAUUAUACUUUUCAGAGGGCCGACAUUUCUGUAUUUAAAAUCCUUUUUUGAUUGAUUUCAUGUAAUAUUCUAAUUUUCUGAGAUUUUGAAUUUGAGGUUUUCAUAAGCUGUAAACCAUAAUCAUCAAAAUUAUAACAAAUAAAGGUUUGAAAUAUC